CUUAUUUCGCAGCACAUGCUAAAAGAGGCUAGCGGAAAACAAACACAACAUCAAUCGUGUUCAUCAUGGCAGAGACUCACAGCCUGCAGGACAUGAGGCAGCAGGCGGCCGUCGCUGCCAAAGUCUUCCUCCAGAGAGAUUACUCCAACGGCACCGUGUGCCAGUUCCAGAGCAAGUUCCCCUCCGAGCUGGAGACCCGGAUUGACAAACAGCAGUUCGAGGAGACGAUGCAGACGCUGAAUAACUUGUACGCCGAAGCGGAGAAGUUGGGAAGCCAGUCGUAUAUUGAAGGCUGUCUGGCCUGCCUCACUGCGUACACCGUCUUCCUGUGUAUGGAGACGCACUACGAGAAGGUUUUGAAGAAGAUUGCAAAGUACAUUCAGGAGCAGAACGACAAGGUCUACGCCCCGCGAGGCCUCCUGCUCACCGACCCCAUCGAGAGAGGCCUGAGAGUCAUUGAGGUGACCAUCUUUGAAGACAGAAGCCUGACCAGAUAAAAGCUUCCACGAUAUCAAACAGUUCUUCAAGGUCCACAUCAGUGCCCCCCCCCCCCAAUGAGGACCCCCCCCCCCAAACGACCUAAAAAGCUGCGUCUCUACAAUCGACCCGUUCCCAUGUAAUGUGCGUGAGAAUCCUUUAUGACCAAGAUAUCUAUAUUCCUGACUUCCUUUUACCUUUAAGGGUUACAGUCUGCAAUCUGUUUGUAAUUUAAUGAGACAACUAGCACAAUGUAAUGAGUAAUAAUCCUUUAGUUUGGAUUCAAAAGCAACAUUUAGUAUAUUUAUUUGUGGGACACUCCAAGCCAAAACGUCAGGGUAAUUCAUGUCUAACGAAGGAACUCAUCCAAACCAAUGCUGCACUUUAUUAUCUUAUGAAAGCAUUUAAUCAAGAGGUUUGUUUGCUUUAUUCCUUAUUUCUUUCAAGGGUGUCUGGUUAUUUAUCUUUCUGCAUGUUUACUUUAUAAUGUUUGACCUUAUAGUUAAAACUGACAACCCUUAAGAUCGUCAGCAUAAACACAUUCCAGUCAAACGUCCAACAAAAAUGUGCAUCUUGUAAAUGUAAGAAAGCCAAAACAUGUGGCCGCUCUGUGUUCAGUGUGUUAUAUAUUAUCAAUGCUUCUUUGUUCUUUCUGUAAACUGUGCUAUGCAUAGUGUUUGGUGACUACUGUCUGAUAUAUCCAUAUUUUAUUGUGAGAUUUGCCUUUGACCGAAGUAUUAAAAGUGCUCUUGUUAGUUGACAGUGCCUGUAAUGGUUUUGAAUGUGUUGAAGUGAACAGGGAUGGUCACACCAGGGUUCAAAAUGUUUAAAAUGUUGCAUUUAUUUUUGAAUUAUUCCAAUGAAAAUGCUGCUAAUAGGUAUUUGCUCAAUGGGGGGGAAAGGUGAAUCAGCUCAGAUGUUUCACAUUAAGUCCAACUUUGGUGAAUUUGACUCUUAAAUUAGCUUUUUUGAACCAAAAGGAAGCCAUCUUGACAAGGCUUUAAAGAAAUCAGGAGUUGGAGGGGUGGCUAAAAAGCUGUCGUAGCUAAAUAGCUUCCGUAGAUAAUUAGCUGCUGUUUUGUACCUCAAAGUUUCAUCUAAGCUGCUGUCUUUAUUCAGACAUUUAAUGAGUUGAGCUAAACACAGAAGUUGUUGAAAAGCAUAUUCUAAUCUUCACUUCAAUCAACAAUGUUAAGUCACCCAAAAACAUUAAAUAAGAAAAUAAAAUGUCUAAGAACGAAUGCACUAAGCGAGCAAUUCCCAUUGGACCAGGGCCUUCUUUACAUCAGUCGUCCAGUUUAAAUAAUGUUUGUAAUGGACAGCAGUCAAUCCUACAAGUAUGUUCUUUGAAUUAACCAUGAAUUUAUUCUCCCGUUAGCUACUGAGCUAAGCUAACAACAGCCCGUUAGCAAGCGUGCUAUUACUGAGCGCUUCAUUCCCCCUCUUUAAUAACUAUUUAUUUAUUUUAAAUGGUCUACACUGAGGAUUAAAGCACAAGUGGGAGUAAACAGAACUUUAAAGGUAAAAUCUGGGUUAGCACCAGAGUUAGCGGUUUGCUAGCGAGAGUUAGCGGUUUGCUAGCCAGAGUUAGCGGUUUGCUAGCCAGAGUUAGCGGUUUGCUAGCCAGAGUUAGAGGUUUGCUAGCCAGAGUUAGCAGCUAGCCAGAGUUAGCAGCUAGCCAGAGUUGAAGGUUUGCUAGCCAGAUUUAGCAGCUAGCCAGAGUUAGAGGUUUGCUAGCCAGAGUUAGCAGCUAGCCAGAGUUGGAGGUUUGCUAGCCAGAGUUAGUUGUUUGCUAGCCAGAGUUAGAGGUUUGCUAGCCAGAGUUAGCAGCUAGCCAGAGUUAGAGGUUUGCUAGCCAGAGUUAGCAGCUAGCCAGAGUUAGAGGUUUGCUAGCCUGAGUUAGCAGCUAGCCAGAGUUAGAGGUUUGCUAGCCAGAGUUAGUUGUUUGCUAGCCAGAGUUAGCGGUUUGCUAGCCAGAGUUAGCAGUUUGCUAGCCAGAGUUAGUUGUUUGCUAGCCAGAGUUGGAGGUUUGCUAGCCAGAGUUAGCAGCUAGCCAGAGUUAGAGGUUUGCUAGCCAGAUUUAGCAGUUUGCUAGCCAGCGUUAGCAGCUAGCCAGAGUUGGAGGUUUGCUAGCCAGAGUUGGAGGUUUGCCAGGCAGCAUUAGCAGCUAGCCAGAGUUGGAGGUUUGCUAGCCAGAGUUGGAGGUUUGCUAGCCAGAGUUAGCAGUUUGCUAGCCAGAGUUGGAGGUUUGCUAGCCAGCAUUAGCAGCUAGCCAGAGUUAGAGGUUUGCUAGCCAGAGUUGGAGGUUUGCUAGCCAGCAUUAGCAGCUAGCCAGAGUUGGAGGUUUGCUAGCCAUAAAUAGCGGUUUGCUAGCCAGAGUUAGAGGUUUGCUAGCCCGAGUUAGCGGUUUGCUAGCCAGAGUUAGAGGUUUGCUAGCCAGAGUUAGCAGCUAGCUAGCUACAGCAGUUCCCUGGCUAGCCCUGUGAGACUGUAUCCGAGCUUCUAGCACAAAAUACUUUGCAGAAAAGCACAAAUUAAAUUCCCUGCACAACUUCCGGGUGUGACCAGACCUUACCUGUGAAGCUGAAAUAAUGAUGUAAUGUUAAUAAAAUCUUUACAAAUGUUGGAUAAACUGCUGUAUGUAAUGUUAGAGUAUAAAAUGACUACAUGUACACGUACAGAUUUCUGAAUGCCAUAGCACAAAAGAUCAACCUUUUAUCGUGAUUUCUAAAGAUGUAAAUAAAAUGUAUGAUUGUUGGUUUAGUUUAUUUAUCAGGAGUUCUGUUGACUGGACUUUUCUAUGUUUCUUUUUUCAGUUGAAAUCCAUUGUUUUUGUUGAUCUAAAAGGUGUUUGCUGACAAAUAAAAAGUGUACAGAUUUUAACACGGUGCUGGA